AUGAACGCAAUAAUGCAGGCGUCUCCAGCGGCACAAACACUAACGGACGAUACCCUGCAGCCCGACUACCAGUUAUCAACCAGCCUCGUCGAUACUUCCUCGGCGUUCAUCGUCAACUGGUUUGAACAGGUCUGCCCGGCAUGGUCAGGCUUCGACUCGAACGCGAACAUGAACCGCAAGAUAGCGAUCGACCACUGGCGGACGUCCUCGACGGUCUGCAGCUCUCUCGAGAGCAUGUCGGCCGCGUUCCUCGCUUCCAGGAUGCCGAGCAUGCGGCAGUCGGCCCUCCGACUCAUGAGUCGGGCGACGGACUUCAUCCAGGCCGAGCUCGAAGUCGUCAAGACGCAGCCUGACCUGCGCUCCAUCCCGACCGGUCUCUUGUUCUCGCUCUUCUGUCUCGGAACGACCGUCUGCUGGGUCGACUCGCGAGGGUUCGGACUGCCGUUCCUGCGAGAGGCCAAGUCCUUGAUCCAACGGCUGAACUCGCAGUCGGUGACGCUGAGCACGGCCGGGUCGGACAUGCUGACGUUUUUCAACAAGAGCUUGGCGUACUGCGAGAUGCUGCUGGCGGUGGUCCGCGACGACGAGUCUCUUGAGCACCAAGAGAGUGAAGAGGCGACGUCGAACCAACUGCAGCCUAUCGAAGAACGGUCUCCUCACCCGUGGACGGGCGUGUCUACCGUCACGACCCGCCUCUUUGCCGAGUGCAUCCGACUUUGCCGCAGCUUCCGCCACCGCAUGAGGCAGGGGAUGGAUCCUCAACGAUAUUUCUCUUCGGCGCUGCAGGAUCUGAUCGUGGCUCAACGCCUCGAGGAGCAGUUAUUGGAGUUGGAAUUCCCGUCAGACACACCAGACGUGGACACGGGCGACUUCGCGACGCCGGUUUCUCAUCUUGCGAGGGUGGCUGAAGCGUACCGGCUUUCCUCACUGCUCCAUCUCUACCAGACCUUCCCGGACCUCGUCUCUCUCCGCCUGCCGACCGAAUCACCAGUGACAGAGACCGGCUCCGUGCCUUGGGACGAGUGGAUCAUUCCCCUGGCCCUUCGGUUGGUCAAAGUACUGGAGCACAUCCCGACGACGUCAGGGACACGGGUUAUCCAGCCGCUUCUGUACAUCUCGGCCAGCACCGGUCUUCGUCACGAUCGUUCGGGGUCAUCCGACAUGAUGAACAUUUUCGGUUCGCUACAGCAUGACUUGAUGGGAGGCACGGGAUCAAGCGUCAUCAGUCCGCCGCCGCUUUUCGACUCUCAUAACCUGUCGCUGUAUAUCAGCCAAAUGGCCUCAGCUCCACCACAAGAUGAGACGACGAAUAGCCUGUCAGUUGACAUCAGCAGUGCUCGGCAUUUCGUCAUGAGGCGGCUCGGUAUCUUGGAAAGCAGCCUCCCUCCGGCGCCCGUUGUGGUGGCAAGAGACCUGGUACAGUCUAUUUGGAGGGCUUAUGACAGCGAGAUUGGGGCGCCCAUGAUUCAUUGGGUCGAUGUUAUGGAAGACAACAAUUUGCGGUCGAUGUUUGGAUAA